AUGGCCUUUGCCAUCAUGACCAUGACCGACCAGGCUGCGGAUCGCGUGCGCGAGAUCGUCGCCGGACGCGCCGAACAGGGUGCGCAGGGCGUGCGGGUCGGCAUCAAGAAGGGCGGCUGCGCGGGCAUGGAAUAUACGGUCGAUCUGGUCACCGAACCCGAUCCCAAGGACGACCAUAUCAGCCAUGCGGGCGCCCAUGUAUGGGUCGAUCCGGCGGCGAUGCUCUAUCUGCUGGGCACGCAGAUGGAUUUCGAGGUGACCAAGCUGCGUACCGGCUUCGUCUUCAACAAUCCCAACCAGUCUUCGGCGUGCGGGUGCGGCGAAUCGGUCGAACUCAAGCCCGCCGAUCUGAAGGAACUGGCCGAGGCGCGGGGCGAACUAUUCUUCAUCGGCCUGACUUGUGCCGCCGCGGCGCUGGUCGCCGCCUUCCGCCGGACGGGCGCGACCUUCCCGGCGUGUCACGAGCAUUUCCGUCUCGAGCAGUAA